AGAUUUAAGCCUCAAAGCUCUCUAAAUUUUUUCAUUCUCUCUCUCUCUCUCCUCUCUGUGCCUGUGUCGGUGUACAUACACAGAUCUAGAUUACUCCACGUUGUUCAUUUCUUUAUCAAGUUUUGAUUUUUGAACUGAAAUAAUUCGUGGGGUUGUGUUGUUUUUUCCUUUUGUGUUGAGGGUAGCUAAAGGGUAAUUGUUUUAAGGUUGGAUCUUUGGUGGGGUUAUGAAAAUGAGGGUGGUUUAAUUACUGGGUUGGAGUAGUGUCACUAUAUAAUUGUGGGUGGUUGAUGGUUUUUGUAUAGGUUGGUGGUUUUGUUGUUGUUGUUUUGAUUUUUAAGGGAAGGUGUAUGUGGGAUCUUAUUUUGAUUCUAUGUUUUGUGAAGAGAAGAAUAAGGUGGGAUUGUUGUGCUUUUGUGAUAAUGUGUAGGGGUAGAUGGGGAAAAUGUGGAUGAGUUGAGGGAUUUUUGGGAAAAUUUGUGGGUGUCAGAAGAUAAUGCAGCAAGAUCAUAGAAAAAAGAAUUCGACGGAGAUGGACUUCUUCUCUGAGUAUGGCGAUGCCAACCGGUACAAAAUUCAGGAAGUCAUUGGUAAAGGAAGUUACGGUGUUGUCUGUUCGGCCAUUGACACUCAUACCGGUGAGAAAGUCGCCAUUAAGAAAAUUCAUGACAUUUUCGAGCAUAUAUCUGAUGCUGCGCGUAUUCUCCGUGAGAUAAAGCUGCUUAGACUUCUACGACAUCCUGAUAUUGUUGAAAUUAAACACAUUAUGCUUCCUCCUUCUAGGAAGGAUUUCAAAGAUAUUUACGUUGUUUUUGAGCUUAUGGAGUCCGAUCUUCAUCAAGUUAUUAAAGCGAACGAUGACUUAACAAAAGAGCACUAUCAGUUUUUUCUUUAUCAAUUGCUUCGAGCACUGAAGUAUAUUCACACUGCGAAUGUCUAUCAUCGAGAUUUGAAGCCGAAAAAUAUACUGGCGAAUGCGAACUGUAAACUUAAAAUUUGCGAUUUUGGUCUAGCUAGAGUUGCAUUCAGUGACACACCAACAACUGUAUUUUGGACGGAUUAUGUCGCUACAAGGUGGUAUAGAGCUCCCGAGCUAUGUGGAUCAUUUUACUCAAAGUACACACCAGCGAUUGAUAUAUGGAGUAUAGGUUGCAUUUUUGCUGAAGUAUUAACAGGAAAGCCUCUUUUUCCUGGAAAGAAUGUGGUCCAUCAAUUGGAUCUGAUGACAGAUCUGCUCGGCACUCCCUCACUGGAUACUAUAUCACGAGUGCGCAACGAGAAGGCAAGAAGAUACCUUACCAGCAUGAGAAAAAAACAGCCUGUGCCAUUUGCACAGAAAUUUCCAAAUGCCGACCCUUUAGCUCUACGACUAUUGGAAAGGUUGCUCGCUUUUGACCCAAAAGACCGACCUACUGCUGAAGAGGCACUUGCCGAUCCUUACUUCAAGGGACUUGCAAAAGUUGAGAGGGAACCGUCCUGCCAGCCUAUCACCAAAAUGGAGUUUGAAUUUGAAAGACGAAGAGUCACAAAGGAAGAAAUUCGAGAGCUAAUUUUCCGCGAGAUUCUAGAGUAUCAUCCUCAACUUUUGAAAGACUACAUCAAUGGAACAGAAAGAACUAAUUUUCUCUAUCCAAGUGCCGUGGAUCAAUUCAGAAAGCAGUUUGCUCAUCUAGAGGAAAAUGGUAAAAAUGGUCCUGUUAUACCACUUGACCGAAAACAUGUUUCUCUUCCAAGGUCAACAAUUGUACAUUCAAAUUCGUUACCUCAAAAAGAGCAAACAAGUAUUGCUUCUAGCAAAAACCGGCCAACACCCGAGGAAUAUAACAAGAUCACCAGAGAUACCGAAAUUCCAAUGCCAAGGACGAUCCAAGGACCGCAAAGAAUUCCACUAUCAAAGCCUGGUAAAGUUGUCGGGCCGGUUGUUCCGUACGAGUAUGGAAAUAUUGUUAAGGAUUCUUACGAUCCAAGGGCGUUUAUCAGAGGUUCUUCUGUGCUUCCUCCUCAACCUGUUCCGCCAGCUUAUUACUAUCAAAGGCCGCCUAGUAGUACAUCUAAUCAAGAAAGGUCGGUUGCCGAAGCCGAUAAGGGCGUGGUGAUGCAAGCAAAACAUGGACAACAAUGUGGAGUUAAUGCGAAGAUGGGACCAGAUAUAGCCAUUAAUAUCGAUACAAAUCCGUUUUUCAUGACAAGGGUAGGAGUAAACAAGAUAGAAAAAGAUGAUCAAAUCGCCAUAGAAACAAAUUUGUUGCAAUCAAAGGCGGCGCAAUAUGGUGGAGUUGGUGCAGCAGCUGGGGCCACCGCUCAUAGAAAAGUUGGAACUGUUCAAUAUGGUAUGACAAGAAUGUUCUAGGAAGGAAAUAGAUUCCCUGCAAUUUCUGUCACUUCUCGAUAUCGAUUGAGAAGUGCGCAGCGUAGGGAAUAUGGACCCUUCUAGGAGAAGGUUUUCUUGUGAAUAUAUUGUCUGAGGGGGAGCAUUGCAAAAGAAAAAGGCUCUUGGUAGGGAAGGAUCUAUGUGGUGUCAUUGUUUGUACAAAAUGUGAGGGAGUGUGAUGAGGAUCAUUGUGGCUAUACUUCCUUCGAAAGGGUUAGGUUUCUUUGGUCAAAAAGCUAUGAACUUUGGUUAACAAGUAUUAAGAAACUGUAACAUUGAAAUUGUGUAUGUUAAUACAUAACCAUCUUUUUAGUGUUUGAGUUUAGAGAUGGCAAUUGAAUUCA